AAAUAAAAAGAAAGAAAAAUGAAAAAUUGAAGUGGUGCACUGGCAGUGCCGCCGGUCUCUACUAUCUUUGCAUAGUUCGUUCCUCGGAAGUUCUAUGUUCGAACUCUUUCUUCCUCAAUCUCUGAAACUGUUGCUCUCUCCAUCUGUUAUUCUCCAAUCCACAGUGAAGUUCUUAAUCAAGCAGCCAUGGUAUUUCCUUCUGUCCGCCUCUUAUUUGCCAAUUCUUGUUACCGUUUCGGUCGCCAUGUUUCUUCUUCUUCUUCUUCUUCAUUUUACGCGACUGAAGCUUUGGAUCCUCCUCCCGUUGUUCAAGCUCGAAGAGUCGUCGUUACUGGUUUAGGAAUGGUCACUCCACUCGGUUGUGGUGUGAAAUCUACUUGGAAGCGUCUUAUUGAUGGGGAAUGUGGGAUUAGAAAAUUAUCCCGAGAAGAUCUCCAAAUGAAUGCUUUUGAUUCAGAAAUCCAGUUGCUCACUUAUGAUCAAUUGACAUCGAAAGUAGCUGCAGUUGUCCCUUGUGGUACAGAGCCUGGUGAAUUUAACGAAGAAUUGUGGCUUAAUUCUAAGGAGCAUCGUUCAAUUUCUAGAUUUAUAGGCUAUGCAUUAUGUGCUGCUGACGAAGCCUUAAAAGAUGCAAAUUGGGUGCCAUCUUUGCAGGAACAGAAGGAAAAAACAGGAGUCUCUAUUGGUGGUGGAAUUGGAAGCAUCAGUGAUGUGUUAAAUGCUGCACAACUGAUCUGUGAUAAGAAACUACGCCGCCUUAGUCCAUUUUUCAUUCCGCGGAUAUUAAUCAACAUGGCCUCUGGUCAUGUGAGCAUGAAAUAUGGAUUUCAGGGUCCAAACCAUGCUGCAGUAACAGCUUGUGCAACUGGAGCGCACUCUAUUGGUGAUGCUGUUCGAAUGAUUCAGUUUGGAGAUUCUGAUGUUAUGGUGGCUGGAGGCACAGAGUCCAGCAUUGAUGCUUUAUCCAUAGUCGGAUUUUGCAGGUCAAGGGCUUUGUCUACAAAGUACAAUUCAACUCCAUCAGAAGCUUCUCGUCCUUUUGACAGUGGUCGAGAUGGGUUUGUCAUAGGGGAAGGUUGUGGUGUAAUGGUGCUGGAGGAACUUGAUCAUGCGUUGAAGCGUGGAGCUAGAAUAUAUGCCGAAGUCCGAGGCUAUGGAACUUCAGGUGAUGCUCAUCACAUUACUCAACCCCACGCCAGCGGAAGAGGUGCAGCCCUAGCCAUGACACGUGCCUUAAAACAGUCUGGAUUUCAUCCCUGCCAAGUGGAUUACCUAAAUGCACAUGCUACAUCUACACCCUUGGGCGAUGCAGUGGAAGCAACCGCUAUAAAAUCCGUUUUCACUGACCAUGCUCUAUCGGGUGCUUUGACUUUUUCCUCCACGAAGGGUGCAAUUGGUCAUCUUCUUGGAGCAGCUGGUGCUGUUGAGGCAAUUUUUUCUGUUUUAGCCAUACACACUGGAGUGGCACCACCCUCUCUUAAUCUCAGGGAACCAGAUCCCAUAUUUGAUGAGAAUUUCAUGCCGUUAACCUCACAGAGACAGGUACCGAUUCGAGUAGCUUUAUCAAAUUCUUUUGGCUUUGGAGGAACAAAUGCAUCCCUACUUUUCGCUUCUGUUGCAUAGAACAGAUUGAUUGCUCUAUAGCUACCACCCCAAUGGUUCUUGUUUGUGCAAGAAAACUUACUGUGGAGACUCUUACACAAAAUUUGAGUCAUUGAUUAUUUUUGCGGCAAAGAGAUGAUGAUAGGCUAUAUAUGAGAAAGGGACAUUGUGUAUUAUUAUUAAUUUAAGUAAAGAAUACCCUUUUUUUUUC